UUCAAAUUCAAGAGCUGGACGGCAUCUCGCAGUUGACGCAAUUCGACAAUCGCAAAUAUGGGUGAAGCAGUGGUGGGCUUGAUUGGCAUGGGCGACAUGGGCAAGAUGUACGCCCGUCGGCUCAGUGAAGCCGGUUGGAGAGUGCACGCCUGUGAUCUUCCAGACAAGUAUGAUCUGUUGGUUGAAGAAUUCAAGGACAGCGAAAACGUAACGGUUUUCAAGAACGGCCACCACGUCUCUCGUAGCAGUGACUAUAUCAUCUACUCUGUUGAAGCAAAGAACAUUGACGCCGUCGUCGCCGCCUAUGGUCCAUCAACCAAGAUGGGCGCCAUCGUCGGCGGCCAGACCUCCUGCAAAGCCCCCGAGAUGGCAGCAUUUGAAAAGCACCUCCCCACCGACGUCGAAAUCGUCUCCUGCCACUCCCUCCACGGCCCUGGCGUAAACCCAAAAGGCCAACCCCUAGUCCUCAUCCAACACCGCGCCACCGACGCCAGCUACAAUCUCGUCUCCAAAAUCCUGUCCUGCUUCGAAAGCAAGCACGUCAAACUCACAGCCGAAGCUCACGACCGCAUCACCGCAGAUACACAGGCAGUCACCCAUGCAGCUUUCCUCUCCAUGGGCACGGCUUGGGCGGCCAACAACCAGUUCCCCUGGGAAAUGCCUAGAUAUGUGGGUGGCAUUGAGAAUGUGAAGAUCAACAUCACUCUCCGCAUCUAUGCGAACAAAUGGCACGUUUACGCCGGCCUGGCCAUCCUGAACCCGGCUGCCAAACGCCAGAUCAAGCAAUAUGCUGAAUCCGUCACCGAUCUGUUCAAGUUGAUGUUGGGAGGUCAUAAAGAAGAGUUGCGCCAACGCAUCGAAUCUGCACGUAAAGCCGUAUUUGGAAAUAUGGACAAGACAAGCAACAAUGGGCAUGAGUUGCUCUUGCAGGAUGAUCUGCUUGAUCAAUUUUCCUUGGGAGAGAAACCUGCUGCCAGCGAGAGGGUGAAGAACAAUCAUUUGAGUCUACUGGCCAUGGUGGAUUGUUGGUGGAAGUUGGGAAUCGUGCCUUAUGAUCAUAUGAUUUGCUCCACACCGCUCUUCCGUCUCUGGCUCGGUAUCACCGAAUACCUCUUCCGCAACACAGAACUAUUGGAGGAAGUCAUCGACACCGCCAUCAACGACAACACUUUCCGCCGUGACGAUCUCGAAUUCACAUUCGCCGCCAGAGACUGGUCCGAACGCGUCUCCUUUGGCAACAUGGACGGCUACCGCGAAAAGUUCGAAAAGAUCCAGAGCUACUUUGCUCCUCGCUUCCCCGAAGCCACUCGUGUGGGUAAUGAGAUGAUCAAGACCAUUGAGGAAAGCUUGAGACAGAGGAAGAUUGAUCCCACAAAGUAAGAGAUCCACGAGGAGGAGAUGCAGGGCUUUAUAGUGGACAGCAGAAUGAAGGUUGGAGGGAUGGAAUAUGGAUGGUUGGGUGGGUGGAAGUGGGAGUGGGAGAUUGAAGAUGGCAUGGAAUGAGAUUAACGAUUUUCAUUCAAGGUCAAGGGGAUGGAUGAGGUGGGUUGGGGUCAAUUUUCUGCACUCUUUGCUGGAUGCAGAUAUGGGUCUCAGGAGAAGCAUUGCUGUACCUAUCGGAUGAGCAUAUCAUGAGACCUUGAAUUCUUCUUUCAUGCUCUAUUUUCAAGCAAGUCUUUUAGCCAAGGGUAUCACCCUGGUCUUCGCGCAACAUGAUUAUAUCCCCAGGUAGAACGAGGCUAUGGCUUCAAUGAAGUACAU